AUGUCCAUUCAGGGUGACCUACCCAAGAAGCAGGAGCCUAUAGAGCUCCAGCAGCCGUUGGAUGUUCAAGAGGCCGAGAUAAUUGAGUACAAUGAAGAUAGAAACGGCCAAUUCCACCGUUCCUUCUCGCCGCGGCAUGUCCAUAUUAUUUCACUCGGGUCAAACAUUGGAAGCGGUAUUCUCAUCGGUACGGGCCAAGCUCUGUCGCUGGCCGGCCCAGGAAACAUGGUGAUUGCGUAUGCACUCGUCUGUUCAAUGGUCUGGGCUGUUUUGCAGACCUUGUCUGAGAUGACCAUUGCAUUUCCCACGCCGGGAAAUUAUAUCGAUUACGCUGAGCGCUGGGUGGAUUCAUCCUUGGCAUUUGGAGCAGGCUUUGCAGAGUGGCUCGCCUGGAUAGCAACGGUUGGCGCAGAGGCAACAUUCUUCAACGUGCUCAUUCAGUACUGGGCACGUGGUAAUUUGCCACUUGCAGCAUCUUUGGCCAUUUUUCUGGCAGUUAACUCGGUCUUAUUCCUUCUACCAAACAAGGCGUUUGCCUGGUUUGAAUAUGUCACCUCUUUAAUCAAAAUCACACUUCUUCUCAUCAUCAUUACCGUGUCCUUGGCCAUGGUAUGUGGUGCUGGUCCCAGGGGAUACGUCCACCAUGGUGAAUAUUGGAAGGAUCUUCCUGUUUUCAAAAAUGGUUUCACUGGGUUUGCACAUGCCGCUCUUCUCGCCUCCUGGGCCGUUGGUGAUCAAAUCUUUAUCGGUAUUAUGGGCGGAGAAGCUCAGAGUCCUCGGUUCUCUCUGGGCCACGCAACCAAACUCGUCCCCUUCCGCGUCAAUAUCAUCUAUAUGCUCUGUGUCAUGUUCAUCACGCUCCUCGUACCCUCAAACGACGAUCGGCUUAUGGGUGGAUCAGGAGUAACUGCCUCUCCAUUCAUCAUUGCUUUGAACGACGCGGGUAUUCCGGUCCUGCCGCAUAUAAUGAACGCUGCCAUGAUCGCUAGUGUCAUGGCCAUCUCAGCAGAGUCCAUCUAUCUCUCAUCUAGAAUUCUUCGAACCAUGGCCCAUAAAAGACUUAUUCCCGAGGUCUUCGCCAAGGUCGAUGACGCGGGUCGGCCUCGAUGGGCAUUGCUGAUCACUUGCGCCGUUGCUGUGCUUUUGACCUUUAUGAACUUGAGCUCUGGCGGUUCCAAAGCUUUCACCUGGUUGAUUUCCAUCAGCAGCGCUUGCUACUUUGUCAACUGGAUCGUCAUCAGCAUUUCGUCCUGGCAGUUCCGUCGAGCCUUGAAGGCGCAGAAUGACAAUCUUUUCUCCCAGCCUUACGCCUGGAAGUCUUCAUUGUGGCCUCUGGCACCCACUUGGCUCUUCGUCAUUUCUCUACUGCUGAUUGCCUGCUGUUUUAUUGCUGGUAUUAACCCGGGUGGUGACGGCUUCGACGCUACAAACUUUUUCCAAUACAUUUUCGGUCUCCUCCUCAUUUUCGGCUUUACCGCUAUCCACAAAGCGAUCUAUCGGACGCCAUUGCGGAAUCCAAAGACCGCCGACUGCGUUACUGGCAGACACGAAUUAAGUGCAGAAGAACUGAUCGAACUUGACACCUACUCUCGGUUAUCAAGGUGGCGGCGCUUUUUGACAUAUGUGCAGUUGUGGUAAAAUAUACGCGG